ACCGUAUCACAUUUCCAGCUAAUUACACAAAACCGUCGAUAAAUAAUUGUUUAUAGAAAGAAAUAAAUACAAGAAAAACGUCAAAGGAUAGCUACUAUAAGUAAGGCAGACUUUAGGAACCCAAAAUUCUGUUAUUAAUUUACAAAAACUAAAGAGUUUUUCACUUUUCAGUUUCUCUUCUUACCAUUCACUCUAAAAAAACAGAGUCUUUAUAAAACCGAUCUCAGAUUCUGAAUCUGAAUCAGAAUCUGGAUCAACAUAAUUUUCUAACAAAAAAAAUGGCUUCGGGUGGUGGUGACGAUGGGCUUCGUCGGCGAGGCUGUUCAUGCACAAAAGACGAUUUCUUACCGGAAGAAUCGUUCCAAAGCAUGGGGAAUUACCUAAAAGCCCUUAAAGAAACACCGAGUCGGUUCAUGGAUCGUAUUAUGACUCGGUCACUAGACUCCGACGAGAUUAACGAGAUGAAGGCUCGUAGUGGUCACGAGAUGAAGAAGACGUUGACGUGGUGGGAUCUCAUGUGGUUUGGUAUCGGUGCAGUCAUCGGCUCUGGGAUAUUCGUUCUCACUGGACUCGAAGCACGUAAUCAUUCCGGUCCAGCCGUCGUGUUGUCUUACGUUGUCUCUGGUGUCUCCGCCAUGCUCUCCGUCUUUUGUUACACCGAGUUCGCCGUUGAGAUUCCCGUCGCAGGUAACAAAAUUAUCAUUUCCUCUGUUUCUCAUUUAUAUUUAUAUUUUCGUUUUUUUUUUGGUAUGUUAUAUUUAUAUUUUCUUGUUAGAGAAUUUCUAAUUUGAAAAAGUUGAAAAAUAUUAAAAUUUACAAGUUUAAAAUUUCAUUUUUACAUCUUUGAACUAAAGACGCAUCUUAACAGAUCCUAUUUUUUUGUAACGUCGGUCAUAAAUAUGCGAAUUUCAAGAAAAUGUUCAGACUAUAUUUUUUAGGAUUAGUGUCAUAAGUAGGAAGAUAGGGAAAAUACGUUUAAGCAGGCUAAGAGUCUCUUAGCUGGUUAAAUUUAGUUUUAAUUACGAUUUACAUGUUUAAACGAAACGCAUAUUUGAGGAUAUCUUUUCUAGCGAUAUUCUAACUAUAGUGUCAUCAUAAUUAGGGAAUAGAAAAAUGUAGCGUACAUUUAUCAAGAUCUAAUAAAUAUGCAGACGUAUCAUUUCUGACAACUUCGUCAAUAAGAAAAUAUUCUACUUGAUUCAAUCAUUUAUGCUGGUGCAUUUUUCCGGCAACUUAAUCCUUCUUUUUUUGGUUCGGUGUCGAUUAAGUUUUUGUCCCAUGUUUUGGGAGUCACUAGUGGUUAUGAGUCCUUUUUUUAUAUAUCAGUUGCAUAAUUCACCUCAAUACAACGACCAAUAAAAUAUUCUGUUGAUGUACAAAGAGUCAACCAUACGAUAUGCUUUUAGUAAUACUUCUAAACUCAACAUUAAUUAAAAAUGUAGUUAUUGUCUUACUUGUAAAUUAUUUAGGUUAAAACCAAAAAAAAAAAAACUAUUUAGGUUUAAAAUGUGUAAAUGAAUAAGAUCAGCUUCUUUAUUACAAAAAUUACUAUAGAACAAAUAUUGAAUUUUCAACUCUCGUAGCGUGACGGAAUCUCUGGGGUCAACUAGUUGACAUCUGACUUAUGAGGGUCGUUCACACUAUCUAGUAUCAAUCUACUAUUUAUCCUCCGUUUUUUUCCUUUUAAAUUUGAUAGUAGCUACAAUACUAUCAAAUCACAAAUUAAACAAUCGAAUGAUUUGAUUAUUAUCUUAGAGUUGCAAAAUAUUUGUUGCCAUUUAUUAGAUUGUUAGCUACUUUUAAAAUUGUAUUUAAAACUUUGUAAUUUCACAAUUUUAGUCAUGGGGUCUACCUAGAAGACUUUUACAUACAGACAAAGAAAUUAAGCUAAACAGAUGAUUACUUACGUCAAUGACCUUAUAUACGCGGUUCUUUUGCCUACUUAAGAGUGGAGCUCGGCGACUUCAUGGCCUUCAUCGCCGCGGGAAACAUAAUCCUCGAAUACGUUGUCGGUGGAGCUGCCGUGGCUCGAUCGUGGACCUCUUACUUCGCCACUCUCUUAAACCAUAAACCUGAAGACUUCCGCAUCAUAGUUCACAAACUCGGCGAAGACUAUAGCCACUUAGAUCCAAUAGCCGUCGGCGUUUGCGCCAUCAUUUGUGUUUUAGCUGUCGUUGGCACAAAAGGCUCCUCAAGAUUCAAUUACAUUGCUUCUAUAAUCCACAUGGUCGUGAUUCUCUUUGUUAUCAUCGCCGGAUUUACUAAAGCCGAUGUGAAAAACUACAGCGAUUUCACUCCUUACGGCGUUAGAGGAGUGUUUAAAUCCGCCGCGGUUCUUUUCUUUGCCUAUAUUGGAUUUGAUGCGGUUUCAACGAUGGCUGAGGAGACAAAGAAUCCAGGGAGAGAUAUUCCUAUUGGUCUUGUUGGAUCGAUGGUGGUUACUACGGUUUGUUAUUGUCUCAUGGCGGUUACGUUGUGUCUUAUGCAGCCGUAUCAACAGAUUGAUCCGGACGCGCCAUUCUCGGUUGCGUUUUCUGCCGUUGGAUGGGAUUGGGCUAAGUACAUUGUCGCCUUUGGGGCUCUUAAAGGUAUGACGACGGUUUUGUUAGUUGGGGCCAUUGGUCAAGCUAGGUACAUGACACACAUAGCCCGAGCCCAUAUGAUGCCUCCAUGGCUAGCUCAAGUCAACGCAAAGACCGGAACACCAAUUAACGCGACCGUGGUAAUGCUUGCCGCGACAGCUCUCAUAGCAUUCUUCACAAAACUGAAAAUUUUAGCCGAUCUCUUGUCUGUUUCCACACUUUUCAUCUUCAUGUUCGUUGCUGUGGCUCUUCUCGUUAGAAGAUAUUACGUCACCGGAGAAACAUCGACCCGUGACCGUAACAAGUUUUUAGUGUUCUUAGGUUUGAUUCUUGCGUCCUCUACCGCGACUGCUGUUUAUUGGGCUUUGGAAGAAGAAGGUUGGAUUGGGUAUUGCAUUACGGUUCCUAUAUGGUUUCUGUCUACGGUUGCCAUGAAGUUUCUUGUACCGCAAGCUAGGGCUCCGAAAAUUUGGGGUGUUCCUUUGGUUCCGUGGUUGCCUUCUGCUUCCAUCGCUAUUAAUAUCUUCCUUCUUGGUUCCAUCGAUACAAAAUCGUUCGUUAGGUUUGCAAUCUGGACAGGUAUUCUGCUCAUAUAUUACGUCUUGUUUGGGUUGCACGCAACGUAUGAUACAGCUAAGGCGACGUUGAAGGAGAAGCAGGCAUUGCAGAAAGCUGAGGAAGGUGGUGUUGUUGCUGAUAAUUCUUGUUCUGCAACUUAAGCUCACUAGUUGGUUUUAAUAUAUUGUUAAAGUGUUUGGCUUUGGAUUCGGGUUUAUUAAUAGUUGUCAGAUUCUUCGUUUGGUUAAUUAGUGUUCUGAUCUCAAGAAUUGUAAUGUCUUUGGUUUGUUUAGAUUUUCAAUAUGUUAAUAGAUUUUCUUCACAUUUGCAUCAAACAUGAUAAUUAAGGUCUGGUUUAAUCCUUCUCAAGUAAAAUAGAUGUGUGACAAAAGU